AUUGGGGAAGGAAGGACAGGAGGUGCCCCGGUGUACAUGCAGGAAAUGAUGGGGGAAGCAGGAAGGGGCCAAGUCACUCACUACACAUCCCCGACGCAGGGAUCAACCCCCGCCCUUCAGGGAACAUCCAGGGCUAGGUUCUCCUGGUAAAGGGGCAGCGAGGUGGGGAUAUUUGCCCCUUCUUUCGGGGGUUCCGCUGCAUUUAAUGGGCUGUCCCGCUGUUCUCUCCAGCCACUCGCCAUGUGGUGGGCCCUGCUGCUGCUGCUGCCUUUCGCGAUAGCGCCGCGACCCAGCCAGGCCGGGCCGGUCCAGAACACCCUUGUUUUCCGGCUCACUCAGCAGGGCCCCUGGGGGAGCGGGGCCGGUAACUCCACGGUCUCGCCCUGCGAGUGGCUCCCAGUGGCGGGGGUCACGACCCUGACUUUCGUGAACCGUGGCCUAGAGCGCCUGCCCGGCUGCCUGCCCCGCGCGCUGCGCAGCCUCGACGGCAGCCACAACCUGCUGCGCGCCUUGAGCGCUCCGGAGUUGGGCCACCUGCCGCAGUUACAGGUGCUGACACUGCGCCACAACCGCAUCACUGCGCUGGGUUGGGGCCCCGGAGCGCCCGCGGGGCUGCAUUCCCUCGACCUCAGCUACAACCUGCUGGCCACCCUGCCGCCGUGCACCGGGCCUGCGCUGCCGGGUCUCCGCGCGCUGGCCCUGGCCGGGAACCCGCUGCGGGCGCUGCAGCCCGGGGCCUUCGCCUGUUUUCCCGAGCUGCGCCUGCUCAACCUGUCCUACACCGAGCUGGGCCGCGGUGACCACGAGGACAUCGCCGACGCUACCUUCGCGGGGGUGGGCGGCGCGCCCCUGGCCGCCCUCCAGGUGCUGGAUCUCAGUGGCACAUUCCUCCCCCGCGUUCGGUCAGGAUGGAUCAGAAACCUGCCACGGCUCACGUCCCUCUACCUGAGGAAGAUGCCAAGGCUGAGGAGCCUAGAGGGGGACAUUUUCAAGAUGACCCCUGACCUGCAGCAUCUGGAUUGUCAAGAUUCGCCAGCACUUAGCUCUGUCCAUACAUAUAUCUUUCAAGACAUGCCUCACCUACGAGUCCUUCAUUUCCAGAACUGCAACUUGAGUUCCUUCCAUCCUUGGAACUUGCAUUCCUCCCAGGUCCUAUCCAUCAGCCUCUUCGGCAACCCUCUCACUUGCAGUUGUGAGUUGUCCUGGCUCCUCAUGGAUGCUAAGAGGAUUGUCCUAAGCAGGGCGGCAGACAUUGUGUGCAAACCAGCUGCAGGAUUCAGUGGCACCUUCUCAGCCCCUCUUUUGCUGUCUCAGCUACCAAGUGUGUGCCAUUCGGAUCAAAACACCACCCUCCUUGAUUCCAACCCACCCUCCUCAGUCAUCUCCACCCACACACCAUCUGCUCAGGGUUCCUCCACCUUGCGGAGCACAACACCCUCCACCACACCUGUGGGAGGCCAACAGAGCGUCACCAAAUUUCCCUCCCUCCCUGUGGAUUCCCCUACACGAGCAGCCAGGCUGCGGCACAGCCUUGCCAAGGAUGGGGCCACUCCCUCCACUACUGUCUCUCCAACAGGUUCGAGCAACUUUGGCGACCCACCUAAGUCUGUGAGCACAGCCUGGACAGAACACCAAGAAUAUGCUACCGGGCUUAUCCUGGAGCCUAGUAUCUCAGCGGCCUCCAUCCCAAGGGCCAGCAGACACCCUGGUCUCUCCCCUGCCUCCCGGGACUCAGUGAGCCUGCCCCAGCCCGCCUGGGAGACACGAGCCACCCUGCAGGCUCCCCACCCGCCUCCUUCCGAGCGCGGGAUUCCUGUCCUGCUGCAGGACGACUCCAGGGAGGAGGAGGAGGAGGAGGAGGAGGAGGAGGAGAGCGGAAAAGAGGAGGUAGGGGCGCCAGCCUGGGAUGUACCCUGCGAUUACCACCCCUGCAGGCACCUCCAGACACCGUGCGCAGAGCUUCAGCGGCGCUGGCGGUGCCUGUGCCCCGGCCUCAGCGGAGAAGACACCCUGCCAGACCCUCCCAAGCUGCAGGCGGUGGCGGAGACCACCGACACGUCGGCGCUUGUGCGCUGGUGCGCCCCCAACUCAGUGGUGCGCGCCUACCAAAUCCGCUACGCACCGGAGGGCUGGACAGGGAACCAGUCGGUGGUGGAGGACGUAUAUGCCACCGCGCGCCAGCACGCCCUACAUGGGCUGUUACCGGCCACCACCUACCGGGUGUGCGUCCUGGCGGCCAAUGGCGUGGGGCUGAGCCAGCGUGGGGCAUGCGCCGCCUUCACCACCGGGCGCAGCCCGGUGCUCAUCACAGCGGGGCUGGGCUCCGCUGGCGGCCUGCUGCUAGUCAGUACAGCGCUUCUGGCCACCGGUCUCUGCCGCCGGGGCCGGACGCCACGCACCCCGCCCUGCCACACGCAGCUGCUGGCCUACCGCAACCCCGCCUUCGUCCCUGUGCCCGCAGCCCCGCUCUCACAGGCAGGUGUUCACUGA